AUGGCGACAGGCGCUCAAACAUGGACCGAAGAUUACGUAGAGGUCGCAGGCACGAAGCUCCAACUGGUUAAAGGAGGGAGUGGCGACCCGUUACUAUUACUCCACGACGAGUUGGGCCACUACGGUCUGCGUAGAUAUCAAGAAGCCCUGGCCCAGGAUUACACGGUUUACAUUCCUUCCCACCCCGGAUUCGGCGGGACCGAGCGCCAGGAAUGGAUCAUGAACAUUCGUGAUCUGGCCGGCUGGUACCUGGAAGCCAUCGAAGACCUGGGGCUGGAGCAGGUCAAUUUGGCCGGAUUCUCGCUGGGCGGCUGGCUGGCCGCGGAGAUGGCCACGAUGUCGCCCAACCUGUUCAAAAAGCUGGUUUUGGUGGGCCCCGCUGGUAUCAAGCCACCCACCGGUGAGAUAUUCGACAUGUUCCUGGCGGUGGCGAAGGAUUAUCUGACGGCAGGCUUCCAUGACCCGGAUAAUACUCCGGAGUUCCGGCACGUUUGCCCCGACGAACCCACCGCGGAAUUGAACGAGGAGUGGGACGUGGCUCGUGAAGAGGCUUGCCGGUUGAGUUGGCGGCCUUAUAUGUACUACCCCGGUCUCCCCAAUCUGCUCCACAGGCUCAAGAGCCUGCCUACCCAGAUUAUCUGGGGGCGCGAAGAUAACAUAGUGCCCAUCAGCGCCAGCCAGGUGUAUCACGAUUCGAUUCCGGGUUCCCGUGUGAGCGUGCUCGAAAAUUGCGGUCACCACCCCGAACUGGAAAAAACCGACGAAUUCGUGGCUUUGGUCAAGGGAUUCCUGUCGUCUUAA